CGUCCUAAACCGGCUUGCUUUUCGAUUGUCUAUCGCGGUUGAGCGUUUGCAUUGUAUCAACACCAACUCCCUGAACAGUGAUGCGCUGUUCAUUCUGCAGUUUCGAACGUUCGACUUCGGUUAUCUCUCAACUCAUCUCGCGGAUUAUAGAAUAUUUAUGGUGCAUUUGUUGGCGAAUAUUGGGGAAAACGGGCGCUAUAUUUGAAAGGAAAAGGAGCUCAUGGGUGGGUUGCAGAGUGGGCUAUUCGAUUCCUUUGUGUAUUUCUUUUGUUUGGUUCUGUUUUCCUGUGGAAACUCGGUGUUUGGAAUACAUGUUGUUUCUGUGCUGGCCUGAUGUUGGUUUCCUUCAUGCUCCUAUAUAUGCGAAACGUCAGGAGCAGGUUUCGGUUUCUUAUCUCUACCACUGUUGAACGUUACGCUAUGCUUGAAGGACAUAAUAAGCUAUAUACACCAGCAAAUAUACGAUUCAUGAAUAAUAGCCACAAAUUCCGAAAUUUAUCAUCUUCGAUUGAGU